AUGGACUUCGUACCACCUCCCCCUUUCUCACCGGCUCCCUUAACGCCAGCUCCAUCCACACCCGAGCCGUCCACGCCAGCCGAGGCCCGCGCCGCUCGACGAGACGAAGAUCGAUUGUUCCGACAUUUCCGUGGUUACACAUGGGCCCAGCGAAGCCGAAGCACAAAAUCAUGGGUAUGGGAAUACGGCUUUGAUAUCGAGAAGGGCUCGGAUCGGCGAUGGGUUUGCAAAGUUUGUAUCGAACGGAACAGGCCGAAGCCCGGCACUGUAAUUUCGAUUGGCACCCAAAACGCUGAGCGGCAUCUCUGGGACCAUCACAAGAUCCAAGAUCCCUCUGGAAAACGUUCUGCACCAGCGCCUCGAAAGAAACCGUCCACGGGAUACCAGACGAUAACGGAUGCCUUCAACAUCGAUCUAAACACGCCCCGAGAGCAAGCCAUUGCGAAUCACCUUAUCAAGAGCUUUGACAGGAAUGUCUUCCAACGUCUAGUGGUCGAAUGGAUCGUCGAGAGCAACCUGUCGUUCCGAGAACCCGAAAAUACGAGGCUGCGGGCCAUUUUCGAGUACCUCAACCCGUGUGUUGCGAGCGCGGAUGCCCAUAUCAGUCAUGAUACGGUUCGCUAUUUGCCAGGUGCUGCGGUCAUGGUUACAGGCGGGUAUUGUGGAGGAAGUUGA